AUGCGCACCAGGCACUCGCUUUCUGUCUCCGCCCUCUAACCGUGUCAGGGCCCGUUAUUCCUUUUAUUUUCUCCCUUACAUCUGCGUGGUACACUAGGGAGAAAGUAGCAUUUCUUAUGUGGAACGCCGAGGAAUUCUGACAAGAGGGUGAUUAUGACGUUGGCUCUUACUCUCGUGCCCUCUAAAAUCCUCCCCCCCUUCCUCUUUAACGCUCACGGCGGCGGCGCGUGCCUACCCGUUUCUGGUGCCCUUCUGCAGGUCACGUGAUGGGCGCUUCAGCCAAUCCGCGUGGAAAGUCACAAACCGACAUUCUGACGGGCUUGAAAAGCGGAGGGGGUGGGGGGAGAGCGAGCGAGAGGGGCAAGGGAAAGGGGAGCGACUGAGCUGAGGGGAGGGGGCGAGAGGAGAGAAGGGGUGUCGUCAAAACCUGACUCUUGCCGUGGCUUUCGGAGCGGGGUUGAGACUCCAGGCGCCGCUGACCGGCAGGGGGUGGCUGCGGAAUUCGGAUCUUCUUUAAAGGACGGCGCUUCUUGUAAAGAGCCGCCUCCCUUCCGCUGAGAGAAGGUAAGGAGAGGAAACCACCAGUAUCUCCACCGCAGACUCCGCGGGGGGGGGGAGGCGGGGAGGGAAGGAGCAACGGCAGUUACGCGAGUGACACCCCCUUUGUAGGACACCCCCCCUUGUAGGUCACCCCCUUUACAGGUGAGGGUGGCAAGGAGACACUGAAGAAGAAAACAACUGCUCUAGAAACGGCUUGGCGCCGCUCUGAAAUCCCCCCUCUUCCUUUCCUGGUGUCAUAUGUUCGUGCGUGUCUGUCAAAACUCCCUCCUUUCUGCAAAUGGGGCUCCCUUUAUGCAGCCUAUUCUGUGGCGGAGGUGAGUGUAUAGAAUAUAUAUGUGCCCCUUUCAGUGGGUGUGGGUGGGUGGGUGUGCGCGCGCGCGGGCGCGCACGAGCGCGAGGCAGCCCACCCUAGUCUGUAGCACCCCCUGAACCUCCCGUGAGGCGGGAGGGAGCCGCGGUUCGUAUAGAAGUGGGCUCCUUUUUGCUGCUGCCUGUUCCUGCCCUGCUUGCUUUGGGUGUACAUUUAAAAAGCAGAGAGAGAGAGCGAGAACACUCCCCCUUUCUUGCGCUGCCUUUCCUCGUAAUGGAGGUACUGCAACCUCUUUGCCUACAUGGAACACGCACGAGCCCUUUCUGAGGAGAUCUCCUGACACACCUUCCUUCGGUGCGUCGUCGUGCCUUCCUUCCUCCCUCGCCGCUCCCCCCCCCCCGCCCCCGCUUCUAAUACUGUGCACGAGGACUGUCAGCCCGAAGAAGGGGCUCUUUCCAUCCGGCAGCCCUUUGGCUCCCUCGAUCCCAGCCUGUCACUGUUGUUGCUGCAGCUGGAGCCAUGGCUGCCGCUGCUGUCACUGCUUCUCCCUCCUUGUGGGGCUGUUUCUGUGAUACGUGGUUUCUCUCGUAUUCCCCGCCCCGCGCUGAGGCUUAUAUUUUUGUGAGUGAGGACAGGAUAAUCGCGUUCAGGAAUAAUAAUAAUAAUGCUGAUAGGACUGAGUUCUUUUGGUCUGCAGCAUUGUCAGCCCUUUCUAAAGGGAAGAGGCAGUGUUGAGCGUGUGUGUGUGUGUGUGUGUGUGUGUGUUAGCGCGCGCCAGCGUUUGCGUGUGUUUCGACAGGCUGCUAGGGGGAGAGAAAGCAACAACGAACGUGCAGUAAGUAAUUUCUUUUUCAAAAAAAAAUGGUGCUUCUGGAGCGUAAAGGAAAUGCUAUUGCCAGUAUCAUUCUGAGGGCUCAUGUUUAAAAUUCGUAGAGCAGAUGACAGAUCUUUUUUUUAAAAAAGGUUAUGCUAGUGCAACACGUGUGUAAUUCGCUGGGAUCAUUGAACUUUAUGCUUGACGUCUAAGAUACAGCCUCCUGUGCUGAAGAUUUUUAGUGCUGUGUCUUUGUUAACUUUUGACACUGCUAUUCCUGCUUCAGUGUUUGAAAGUGAAGAUCAUAAAAGCCACAGUAGUAUUAGUAAGUGUAUAUUGUAUUGAGAGCUUGAAGAGUUUGACUUGGGUGCUGUGUGGCCUUGGACAAUCUCUUACCCUAGUAGGUACAGUACUAGGGAUGAGUGUCUGGUCCAGCUUCUUCCUGUCCACAUGCUACUUUAUACCACACAUACAAUUAUUACUGGAUGCCACAUGCAGAAAAUAGGUGUAGGUGUGUGCAGCAAAUGUUUCAUAAUUUAAACAGCAAUUUAGUAUUUUUUUAAAAAGCAUAGGCCUCAUGCAAGUGAACCAGGACAAAUGCUACAAGGGGAGAGCUACCCUCGGUAGCCUCCCAUGUUUCCUAGCUUUCCAAGCUUGGACAAUAUUUUUUCUGUAGUCAAAUGCAGCAAGCAGGUAGUUCCUGAGCAUGAAGCAAAAUACACUCACUUCUCUGGGGGACAGAGAAAGGGGGUUCCUUGUAUGUAGAUCUAUGUCACUUAGAACCACCAAUUAUGGUAACCUCUGGUGAUCAUAAAGGAGGCAGAGCUGCCCUGAUAUAAAGUCUUGGCUCAAAAUCUAUUUAAAAAUAUACAGACCAUUACUUUCUUCACCUUCUGGUCACCAUUCUGAACUCAUCAUUGAAAACAUUAUAAAUGUUAGUUGCUUCCAUAGUUAGAAUUUACUUAAAUUUCCCCGCGUGUUUUACUAGCCUUAUUGAAUCUAGCUACAGAAAAUAUUCAAAUUCCUUCUCAAGACACCUUGUUUCUAUCUGACCCAGCUCUCUUAACCUUUCUAACAUGUUUGCCUGUCCUGUGAUGUGCUGUGCUCUUGCUCUUAUUUGAACCUGUUCAAAUAAGCCUUCCCCUGAAUGAUUGACCAAAGUUGAAUAUAGUUCAAAAUUAUGGCUCCCUGACACCAUAUAAUGUGGCAUUAAGACUCUGCAGUUCUUCCUAAAAACAAAGACCUACACGUGUAAUAUGUCCAGUCAUUUAAUGUCCUUUGUUUAUGGAUGCACUGUAUCUGUUGCUCAUCUGAAGCCUUGUUCACUUAUUGACUUUUUUCUUUGAACCUUUUGAGAAUUUCAUAUUCUGGAUGAUUGAAGAAACCUAUAGAGGCUAGCAUGUGAAAAGUAGAAAUUUAAGUUCUAGAAUUGGCUUCCAAUUAAAAUUAGACAAGUGUUUCAUUUUCUUGCUUUUAGCCAGCUACUGAAAAUGUCUAUAUUUAAUAGGGCAUCCCCCCCCCAAAGUGUGACUCAGCCAUUUUCUAAUUUAUACUGAAUUUGUGCAAUUUGAUGUUUUUAAGAUUUGUUUUUACAUUGCUGUGUGUACUAUAUGUUCUUUUUUAUACCUUUAUUGUAGAGUGCUUAAGAAACAUUUGUUGGGAAGUGGUUUAUAAAUUCUUAAAGUAAGCAAAUAAAAAAAUAAGUCUGAGGAGAAUUAUACUGUGACCCAACCUUUUUUUGUAUUUUUAAAAAAUAACUUGGCCAUUUAAAAAAAUCAUUAUCUUGAAUAGUCAUAACAUUUAAAUAUUAUUAAAGGCGUGUGUUUGUGUGUGAGAGAGAGAGAGAGAGAUGGAAAUGAUUGCACGCCCACUUUUUCCAGUUCCAUUGUUUUGGUGCCUAAUGAUUUUCUGGAUCAGUCAAAAGACUGGACCAGUUUUUGGAAUGAACUUCUAUAUCUGGAUCUAGAAAUUCCAUUAUCUUGGAAUUCUGUAUAGCUACACCAGCUUCCUAGUGAUUACCUCAUCCCCAGUGUGAUAUAAAUCAUCAAGAAAAAGUAUUAUUCAAUUUUUCAUUUAAAUAAAAUCCCCCCUUCGGAAAUUUAGAUAUUUUCUCCAUGCCUGUAACUCGUUGCUGUGAUAAUCAGAUCGCUGACAUUCUAGGGGUAUAAUCUGGAACUUCUGAUCAAGCAAUUCAUGUGCACUGUGUAAAGAAAAUAUUUAGAUUCCUGUAUGGUUCUAUCUUUAUGCCUACAAGGAUAUUAAGCAAGAUUGUUCACUUUUUCAGGAUGGACAAAAAACUUAUUGUUAAAAAUGAUACUGCUCAAUUUAUUUAUUUAUUUAUUUAUUUAUUUAAGUUAUUUAUAUACUGCUUAAUCAUUAAUAUUUCUAAGUGGUGUACAUAAAAACAAAUUAUGUAUACAUUUAACAUAUUUUGGUUGGUGUUAGAUACCAUCUGUAAAACAUCUUUAUCAAAUUUUCUUUUAUUGCCUCAUAAAUAAAAGCUUCCAUACCAGGCGCAAGUCUAGCCCCACAUUGAACACGUUGCAGUAGUCUAGUCUUAAGCUUGCCAAUGCAUGAAUCACUACAGCCAGGCUAUCCUUGUCCAAUAAUGGUCAUAGUUGGUGUACCAGCUGCAGCUGGUGAAAGGCACUCAUAACAGCCAGUGCUGCCUGAGCCCUGAGUGACAAAGAUGGAUCUAGGAGAAUUCCCAGACUGUGCACCCAUUUUUCCAGACAGAGUUACUCCAUCCAGGGCAGGCAAAUGACCAUUCUCCCAGACACUGAAACCACCCACACACUGUGCUUCCUAUAAUUUUCUUUAACCUGAAUAUAUGACUUUUUUAAAAAAUGGAGUUAAUUUUAUUUGUUUUAUUUCACAGCCUUUUUAUAUUGCUAAACCUUUAAGUGGUUUACAGAAAUAAACAAAACUAUCAACAAAUGACAGUUUUAAAACAGUUAUUUAGAAACAUUAUUAUUAUUAUUAUUAUUAUUAUUAUUAUUUGUACCCUGCCCUCCCCAGCCAAGACCAGGCUCAGGGUGGCUAACAACCGACAUAAAAACAAAUUGAUUGAAAUACAACUUAAAAAACAAGAGUAAAAUACAGCAUUAAAACAUUAAAAUGCAGCCUCAUUUCAAUGGAAACAAAAAUCAAAAACGGUUUUUUGGGGAUGAAAACGUCAAGUCUUCACCAAGGCUAACUAUCCAGACUGGUCCUACAUGGGCCAGAAAAAAGCCAGGGAAGUCCCUAAAUAGGAGUUCCAUCACAGGAGGAGAAAGGAAAAAAGAAAGAGGGGAAGGGAAUCAAAGUGAUUCCAAGCCAAAGGCCAGGCAGAAGAAAAAUAAUUGAACAAAACUAUUAAAACACAUAUCAGCUUUCUAUAUGUCUGGAUAGGUUUGCCUAAACUAAGCAGGCGCCAAAAAGAAGUACAAGUAAACAGGGAGUUCCAGAAUGUACGGUAUAUUCCGCCACCCUAAAAUAUUGAUUUCUUACAAGUGUAGAAUGAGUGUUAUGUAACUGUCAAUUCCACAGAUCAAAGUGGUUGAGUGGCUAUACAGUGGUACCUCAGGUUAAGUACUUAAUUCGUUCUGGAGGUCCGUUCUUAACCUGAAACUGUUCUUAACCUGAAGCACCACUUUAGCUAAUGGGGCCUCCCGCUGCUGCCACGCCGCCAGAGCACAAUUUCUGUUCUCAUCCUGAAGCAAAGUUCUUAAUCUGAAACACUAUUUCUGGGUUAGCGGAGUCUGUAACCUGAAGCGUAUGUAACCUGAAGCGUAUGUAACCCGAGGUACCACUGUAUAUGGGGUACGGCACUUUCACAAGUAAACUGAUCUCAAGCUGUUAACAGCUUUAAUUACUAAUAGUAACACUUUGAACUUGACCAGCUGACAAAUCAGCAGACUUCAGACUAGAGCUGUUGUAAGUUUUCAAGGCCUCAUUCUCGUCAACAACCUUGCUGCAGCAUUCUGAACACUAAUUGCAGUUUCCAAAUCAUGCACAAGGGGAACUUUAUGUAGAGUGUGUUACAGCACAGUAAUCCAGUCUUGAAGUCGCUAGUGCCUGAACUACCAUGGUCAAGCUCUCCCUGCUCAGAAAUGGAUGUUACUAGCCACAAGCAGCUGGAGUAGGAGAGGACAGUGGGUGAAGAAAGAGCUGCGAGUGGAGGAGGGCCCUUUUCCUAUUUGGGAAACUCAGCAAACCUGUGGCACCUGGGUGUGGAGAGUGCAGUUGAAUGGGACACAGCUGUGGGUACCUUGAGGAAGUACAAUCCACCUUGGGCCUGCCCUUAAAAUGCAAGUCUAGAGAUGAUGUUUAGAGUGAUGUCCACUGUUUCCAGGAUCUUGUCUCACUGUGAGACUUUUGUGGGUGAGCUGAGAGUUGUUGGACCCUGGGUGAGAACCCAGAGGCUGGGAGGGAGGGUGUGCCAGAAGGAAAAUGAAUAUAUUUGUAUUAAUGUAACUUUUUAUAUGUAACUGUAUUUCUGUAAUAUUUUGUUAAAGUUAUCUGUAGUUGCUUCAUUUUUUUUGCACACUGUUUAGAGAUAUUUUUAAUAUAUUAAGCGGUAUAGAAAUCAAUCAGUCAAGUGGUAAAAGGCAUUUCUUGCCACUAAGGCUACCUGAUCCUUUGUUUAGAAAACUGGAUCCAGUAGCAUCCACAGACUGGAUUCCCGCUCCUUCAGGAGGAGCAGAACUCCAUCUAGCAAAGGCAAUUUACCAAAUUCUUAGACACAGGAACAACUCAUCCAUGGUGCCUUGAUCUUACUAGGAUUCAAGUUCAGCUCAUUUUUCUUCAUCCCACUACUGUGUCCAGGCACUGGACAUGGCCUCUCCUGAUUCAGAUUGUAUGGAGAAAGAGAGGCAAGUGUUAUCAGUGUACUAAUGAUACUAUGCCCCCCAAAUCCUAAUGACUUUCAUCAGGGUGACCUGAUGGUAAUCUGUCAGGUUGAAGGUUGCAUUCACAUAUAAGUAAAGAAGCAUAUCUUUUUCUAAGUCAAAAUUAUGUCAACUUGCCAGAGUCUGACAAGUUGACAUAGGCACUAGAAUUCAGCUUCUGGAGGUAGAGAAUUAUCCACAAGUAGCAUACAGAAUGACAGUCACUGUGUCAGUACAGUAGAAGUCCCAUUUCUUUGUUCAUAAUAUACUGUACUUCAGCUCUACAUGUAUAAUGAGCAAAGCCAGUUAUUAAAUAAGCAAAAUACCAUUUCAUCUUCUAAAAUGAGAAAAAUAUUUAAAAUUAUAUGUACUUUCUAUUUUGGUUUAAAUUAACAUGUUGCUAAGACUUAAAAACAGAGACAAUGAAUGGAAAAUAUUUCAAUUAAAAAAACCCACUAGUAAAUAAAGAGCAGCAUAAAGAGCAGCAAUUAAAACUGUUCCAGCACAGGUUAAAAUGUAAAGGCACUACAGUGUGAAUGCUUUUACAGUCUGGAUAAUGGUGACAGAUGCAGAUUAUGAAGGUAGUAUAAAAAUUUGGUACUCUGUUCCAGAGUAAGAUUUAUAAUGCUGUAAAGAUUGCCCUAACUUCGGUGGGGUGAGGGAAGAAGUGGCACAAAACAAUUUAAUGCACUGGAAUGAAAAGCAUACUGAGAAUCAGGUGUAUGAAGUAUUUGGCCUGAUUUUGGGAUUGGUGGUGGGAACUAUGUAACUAAGCUUUUGCAAGUGUUUAAUAAACAGCGACCAAAAUCAGGUAAUUUUGCACUAAACUGUUUUCCCUUGUUUAGUAUUCAGAGAGACAACACUUAUGUUACCACCCAUAUUUGCUGCAUGAACAAUCUGUUGUAAAACAUUCUGGCAUUUUUCAGUGUGGCAGUAUUGAUAUGCAUCUGCCAAAAAUAUUAUUAAAAAUAACUAAAAUCCUAAAUUAAUAGUAUAUAAAAACAGGUGUUAUAAUAAAAUCAAGCUUUUUUAUUUCCAAAUAAUUUAAAAUCAUGUUUUAAAAACAUUUUAUAAUCUAAAAUGCAUGAACAAAUUUUAAAGCAUUUGUUUUAAACCCAAGAAGCAUAAGCACAACUAUAUAAUUUUGUGACCAUGUUUAGGGUAAAAUAAAAAUGUCAAUCAAAUAAUGGUUAAUAAUAAUAUAAUUUAUUAUUUAUACCCCACCCAUCUGGCUGGGUUUCGCUAGCCACUCUGGGUGGCUCCCAACUGAAUAGUUCCCAUUUAGGAAGGCGAGAAUGAAUAUAAAGGAAAUCUGAAUGCUGACUUACAAUUUUAAAAAAUCUGCACCUUUCCUCAUCAGUGUUUCAUACUAAUGUGAACUCUCAGGCUAUUAGCUGACCAGUUAGCUGCUGUAUGUUGUACAGUUCAAUCUUUAAGCAUGUUAACUUUUUAAAAAGGAGCACUUUGUUCAAUAGGGACUACUCCCAAGGAAGUACAGUGGUGCCCCGCAAGACGAAUGCCUCGCAAGACGGAAAAACCGCUAGACGAAAGGGUUUUCCGUUUUGAAGUUGCUUCGCAGGACGAAUUCCCCUAUGGGCUUGCUUCGCAAGACGAAAAUACCUUGCGAGUCUUGAGAUUUUUUUUCGCUUCCCCCUUUAUCUAAUCUGCUAAGCCUUUAAUAGCCUUUAAUAGCCUUUUAGCAGCUAAUCCUUUAAGCCUUUAAUAGCCGCUAAACAGCUGAUAGCGCUAAUAGCGCUAAUCCGUCAAUGGGCUUGCUUCGCAAGACGAAAAAACCGCUAGACGAAGACUCUUGCGGAACGGAUUAAUUUCGUCUUGCGAGGCACCACUGUAUGUGUAAGAUUGCAACUCAAAAUUCACGUUACUGUUUUCUGACUCAGUUGGCCAUAAGGACAUCAACUGUCUCAGGCCGUAAAGUUGGAAGGGGAGGAUUUGUUGAUACAAUAUAGCUGCUGGAUGCUCCCUGACUGGUGUUGAUCUAUGACAGGGCCUUUCGGUUAGUGGGCUCCCAUUUACAGACUGUUCUUCCUGAUUAGGUGUAUCUUUCCCCUUAUUAUUAAUGUUUAGGUGGAAUUUGAGGCCAUUACUCAGGCAUUUGGUGGUUGACAGAUUGUUUCUGGCAACUUUGAAAUUAUUAUGAGGGUAUUAGAGUUGUUUUUAACAUUUUUGUAUUGUUUUAUUAGUUGUUUCCCAUGCCUCCUUUUUCUCCAGUGUGAAACAUGACAAGUAAAACAAGUAAUGUUUGCUCUUAUGCAUAGGAAAUGUACUGUAACAGGAGAGCUUGGGAGGAAUGAUUAGGGGAAGGAGCAAAGAAGCACUACUUCAUCAAGCUCUGUCCACUGGUGUGGACAGCAAGCAGCAGAAUAGUAAUGAAUAUAAUGACUUAAAAAUGAGGGUGUGCAGGUACUUAGUUGCCAAUCACACACAGAGAAGAAUGCAGCUUGGAAUUCUAUUGUUGCUCAAAUGCAGUCUGUGGUAUGAUUGAUAACCACUUUGUUUGAUUACACUAUUUGUGGCCUUUAAUGGACAACCAGAAGCUUGCCAUGGUUGCCCAUUAGUCCAUGUUAGUUAAUGCAGUGUGCUACGAGUGAAAAAUGUUCAGAAAAUAGAACUGGUACAGAAUAUGGAGACUGAAUUAUUAAUCAGGACUUGUCAUGUGGAACGUCAUAACAAUAUUGAUAAACCUUCACUUUCAAAUUUGUUUCAUGUUUCUGGAUGCAAUUCAUUAUGUUAUUUUGGACCCAUAAAGCCCUUACCAACAUAUGCAAGGGUAUCUGAAGGAAUAAAAGUUGCUCUCUGUUGUAUAAAUCUGCUCAUGCAUGGAUAUGAUCAUCUGAUGUCCUGCUCUGGAGGUCCUUUGAAGUUAGGCUGCUUCUCUGUUCAUCAGUUGCUGGCAAUCCCAGGGACAGUGGAGUAUGAUGAAAUUUUUCAUAGGGGAACAGUUGGGGCCAGAGGUGCCAGUUUGCGAGGUUGAUGAAGUGCACAUGACAUCAAGACAUCCAAACAUUUCACAUGUGAGCAUUGCACUUCUCUCUCUAAGCUGGGCAGAAGUCUCUUGCACUUUGGGAUGGAGGCCAGGCCUCCCGACAGGAUGCUGGAGCCCUCCUGCCUCCUUCCCAAAGCCCAAAAUUGUGGGUGGGCUCUUGGACCCAUUGGAGCAUCGUUCCUCCUCCCCUAAGCCAGGCAUAAGCUUUCUGGGCUUUGGGAAGGAGGCGCCAGGAGAACAUUUAGGGGAUUAGCCUAGACCCCCUAGUCCACUGACUGCACACCACUACCCAGAAGGGGAGGGUUCUCUUGUGCUUGGUACCUGCUUUCGGGUUUCCCACAGGCAUCUGAUUGACCACUGUGAGAACAUGAUGCCGGACUAGAGAUGGACCCAUGGACCUGACCCUCUUAUGUUUGUUAUGGAGCCCUGAUUAGACAUAGAUUCUGGACACCAGUUGAAAAUGUUUCUAUUACUAAACUUUUAGCAGUAUUUAAUUUCAGUCUUCUGGUUUUAUUGCUGUUGCUGUUGGUUUUCGAUUUAAUUUUAGAUGUAAUUUUUAAAAUCUGUUAAUUGUUUUAUUCUGUUUGUAAUGUUUAAUUUUGUUUGUAAGUUGCCUUAGAAACUAAGUGGAGAAAGGUGACAGAUAAAAUUCUUAACUUUUCACAUUGUACUCUUUAGUAUAUUAAAAUUUAAAAGUAUAACUAGUAUUAGAGAUGGAGCUACAAACUGCUGCAUCCUAACUUAUUUAAAUUAGAGCUUUCACCUUGUUUAAGAAAUCUUAGCUAAUCAUCAGAUGUGUUAAUCAAUUAAUACACAUAAACUUACAUGCAAAAGUUCAUUUUCAAGGGAAUAGUAUAAUUUGUUUCUUUUAGAUAGCGUGCCUAUAUAUUGCUAAAUGCACCAGUUUAUAAGAAAAGCUUUUUGAGAGUAAAGGGACUAUAUCUCUGCUAAAAUGGUGGCUGCCAUCUGCAGUUUUUAUACAUAUUUAACAUAGAUCAAAAUGUGUUGAAUAGUUAAUCAGGCAUAUCAUUUAGUUGAUUAGAAAGAUCUUUAACUGAUUAAAAGUUUCACUGUACAUUUGGAAAACUUUCUAUCAGCUGGUGUUUAAAAUACUGGGACUCCACUUCAUGGAUGUAGCUAUGGUGUAUAACUUGUAGGACUGACAGGGUACAGAUCUCAACUAUACAUGACAAAUGUAUCAAAUUGAUGAGGAUCUCUGGUUUCCCAUAAAUUCCUGAAAGUGGUUCUACUACAGGAGUCUUGGGGGUAUGCAGUGGGAUUCCUCUUUAACCCUUCCCCCUGCAGCCUCCAUUCUGCUCCUGAGUGUUCCCCACUCCAGUAUAAAAGAUUGUUGGGGAAAGAGGGGAGAGGAAGUCCCAUUUUCACAAGUAGAAGCCAGUUGUGCAAAUUGAACACCACAAUUAAAUAUUACCCUUGAAGUGGAUAUGUAAUACAAACAGACCCCUCUAUGUAAAACUAACUCUUACAAAGGGAUUUUCAAUAGUGCUUAGUAUCUUGCCAUUUUAUGUGGUUUUAAAGAAGAAAAUUGAACUGAGUGAUCUUAAACCCAUUAUAAAUUUGCUAUCAGUUUGCUACAGCAUGGUUCUCUCUCAUGUUCCCCUGCUUCGAGGUUGUGAUGAGGGCUAGAUCAAACACAUUGAGUUCAUGUGCAAGGUACCUUCAGUGCUGGAAAAAACCAUGAUUCCCCACCUAGGAAACUUAAAUAUGUGUAUAAUAUAAUAGAUACUUUGAAAGGCAAUUCUUUCCCAAUUUCUGUAAACCAGACUAGAUGCCAUGGGUAUUGUCAGGGAACUGCCAUCAGUGCCGGAGGGAGAGAGCAAAAGCCAGAGGGAUUCCAGAGAGCGUCCAGGGAUUGGGAGAAGCAGCCCAUCUUCUGGGGAAAAGAAUCAGCGUAGCACCAGUGGAGAAGGGGGGCAGAUGGGGGAAGCGGCGAGGCGGUCCCAUGACUCCUUGCCUGGGGCCAGCGGGGAGAGUAGGGGUCCUCCGUUGCCCACGCCCUCCUUGCGCAGAAGGCUUUCGCGCAGAGAGAGUAGGAGGAGACUAGGCGUCAAAGAGCUUCUUUGUUGGAAGAAGUUUAAGGAACGCCCACUGACGGAUUCUGCCAGCGAUUGAGUCAGCCACGGGUGAGUGGCUGUCCGGACAGAAAAGGUUCACUUAGGCAACCCAGCCAGGUGUUUGCACCCAGCCGGGGAGAUAAGCACCGGUUUACGCACGAGCAACCCCUAGAACCAUUACAGGUAUUUAUUACCAGUAAUGGUAAUAAUGGUAACCAGAGGAGAAUAGUGCUUGGUUUCUGCCUGCAGACUUCCUAGAGAUGUCUGGUUAGGCACUGUAAGAACAGGAUGUUAGACUAGAAGGGCCAUUGGCCUGAUCCAGCAGGCUCUUCUUAUAUUCUUAACGUGCCUCUUUAGAUAUUUUUAAGGAAUGCAUUCAUUGUUCAGUCAUUCUCUUCCCCCUACCCUGGCCUGAUAAAAUGAUCUUGUACUAAGAUAAUAUUUGUGCCUAUAUCUGUAUGAAAGCCCUUGUUGCUAAGUGAUGCAAAAUUUUGUAUCAUCAUGUAGUCAUCAUGGGUUGUCUAGUUCUGAGCCCCAGAGCAGUGUCUGGGAAGGAGUGGCCUGCAAGGAUUCAGAAGUUGGUCGUCCCUGUCUUAAACAGGGCAGCAGGAAGAGUAUAUUGAAGCACCCGUGCUGUUGUUUUUACCCAAGCAUCAGAAUAGCAUUGGAGCACUAAGCCCAAAGUGGCAAGAAUGAUUGCAGUAGCAUAGGCAAGGUGCUAUAGACAGAAACCUCACACUUUUAGGCAAAUUAGUGUGUUUCGCUCUUUUUCUUCUGGUUCUUAGAACCAUACUGCCACAGACGGUGAAUUCUUAACAUAUGUGCUAAAUGAUUCUGAACAUGGUUUUUGGAAAAGUCUGUAAAUCAAAAGUUGGAGAAUGGGUAGCAGACUUACAGCAAUCAUACUGCUUUGUGUGUAAUCACAAUUUUAACAAUAGCACCCUUCAUUUUUGUCAUAAUUUCCGUAUGAGAAAUCCUAAAAAAUACUUUAUUAUUAAUUUCAUUUUUAUACUGCUUAAUAUUUUUAAUUUAAAAAUAUCGCAGCGGUUUACAACCUAUAUUAAAACGUCAAAUAAAACAAUCCAGAAUAGAACAUUACUGAAGAAAGUCAAGUAUGCAUUCAAAGCAACAUAAUUAACAAUCGCAUGCUAGCAAAUUCAGAUCACCUACUUUAAAUUAAUUUGGAGCUCUUGUGCAGCAAACUCACUCCCUCAAAAUAUUGGACUUUUUUAUAUAAGGAAAAUGAUGGGAUUCAAUCGCUGGAAUAGCUAGGCCACCCUGGUAAUUGUGAAUUUUUGUCAAAAAGUGACCAGGUGUGCAGCGUUGACUACAUUAAAAAACAAGCCACUUAUCUAUAGACAGGAUAAAACAUGCCUUUAAUCCUUACUAAGUAUAAUAAGAACUAAGGAAUUCCCAGUUACUGCCUGAACUCUUCAUCUCUUCAAAAUGUGGGUGUAUGCUGUUCAACAUUGUCCUGCUCAUCAAACAUGAAUUGUUGUUGUUUAGUCGUUCAGUCGUGUCCGACUCUUCAUGACCCCAUGGACCAGAGCACGCCAGACAUGGCCAGACCCCAUGGACCAGAGCACGCCAUUUUAUUGGCAUCUAAUUCAAACAUGAAUUAGACACCAAUAAAAUGAUCUAUGAAUGCUUUAAUAUACUUGUUCUUAGCAUCCCAAUCAGUAUCUCUUACCAGCACAUAUUAACAGCAAUUAUAGCAAUUUCAGAAGCCUACAUUUCAGGCUUUAUUUUGUUUCACUUUUCUUGUCCUGCACCAUCUGAUCUGAUGUGCUCAUCUGAAAAUUAAUCAUUAGAAUAACCAUCCAAUUCUUCCUCAGCUAUAUGUUCACCAUUCUCUGGACUUAAUACCCAGUUUCAACGCUGUUGGAGUUUGAACAUGUUUGUGCAUGUGAGCCUAUUUGCCAAGCAAGCAUGUCUGGGCAGUUCAGAUGACUUGGUGUAAUUGUACACUUGUAGGUAAAGCAUGGCUUUGGGUGUUGGCAGACCAUUCAGUAUAUGGUAUAUGGGUGUAUGAUUUCAGGUGGCCCAAAGCUUAUUUUGGGGUGCACACUCCCAGUUCCUUGUUCAUUUCCAUGUACAUUGAAUAUUACUAGCCAAGUGUGGCACCCAAAUGAAGCAUUGGACCAGUGUUUCAUACAGGAUGCUCUUCCUUGAGGUAAGGGUGUAUGUUUUGAGGUUGCUGGAAGCUUAGUUUGGGUACAUAAACACACAAUUUCUUUUUCAUAUGUGCAUACAUUGGGUAUAACCACUAAGGGGGCCCUGGGUUAGAUUUAUAUAAGUCGUUGCACACAAAACUACAUGAUUGCUGCAGCACUACCACCUAGAUUCCAUCUCUUGGGUGGCAUAGCUGUUUGGGGGGACUGGCCAGGUUUUUUGUCCCAGGUGAAGCCUCCAGAAGGGCGCCAUUGAGGCUCCCAGGCUGUGUGUAUGUGUACGCAAAUGCGUGUGCGGGGGGGGGGGGGGCAAACUGCGUAAAAUAAAGCCUAGUUUCCCCGCUGCAUCAUGUAUGGUAAGAAUUUCAGUCCUGGUUCAUGGACUAUAUAGAAAACUUGGCAAAUAACUGCAACUGCAGUUUAAUCACUGUCUCCCCUUCCUCCUGUAGAUGGCGGCAAGGAAUCAGUUUCUUUUGAUAGCAGUAACUAAACCUUUCCAAUUGUGACCCCUUCAGAAUGUCAGUUUCUCUCCUCUAGUAUCUCCCUCCCCCAGUCCCUGGGUCUGGUUGGCCCAGCUGUCCAAUCAUGUAGUGACCGUUCAUCUUCCUCUGUUUUGGUGGAGCCAUUUUAGUUACCUAUAUCUCAUCACUUUUCCACUUUUGAUGUGCUGGGUUCCCCUAUGUGGCUCUUGCAUUCAGCUGUAAUUCUUCUGCAAUUGUAAGCAGCAUAAUGGGCCAUUAAUUAAAUGAGAAAUAGUAUCCAAAGGUGCUUCAAAUCUUCACAGUCUUGUCCAGAUGAGGCAGAGCAAUGGGUGAUACCCACUGGGGCAAAUUAAGAAUCUCAGGACCCAAGAAGCUAAAAUUUGUUUGGAAAUACUUAUUUUAAAUGCAUCAGCAGACCACCAGUGAAUACAUUUUAGCUCAUGAAAGUUAUUAGCAUGGAAAGUCUAGGGCUUGCUGGACCAAGGUAGCUGCUUAAUUUGAGAGUUCCUUAUUCUAGUAGCUCAAAUUACCCAAUAUGAAGCAUAAAAAGUGAUAAAACACAGCUAAAAAUAGAAGGAAGCUUUGAAAGAUGUCUCAAGGUUCUGACUGCUAAAGAAAAAUAUGGUUUAAAAUGCUUCAAAGCGAUACCUCUCGGUGAGGCUUCAGGAUGCUCAGCAAAUCUGCAUGUAAGUGAAACUGACAUGGCAGAAGGAAGGAAAGUGACAGCUCAUGAAGGCGAUAGAUUUGAAGCCGAGCUACAGCAAAUAUUAGAUAAGCAUACACGGUGUAUGAAGAGUGCAUUGAUAGAGGGUCGGAAAGCAGUGAUGCAACCCUGGGGAGAAAAGGUAGAAUUUAUUUCAGCACAAGUGGAGUCAGUGACAGGAAAGAGACAAAGCACUGAAUUUGAGCUUUAAGAAGAAAGAGAAAAUAAAAGACAUGAAAAAAGCAGAAAGAGACUGAGUGGGCCUUACUCCCAGGCAAGGGUGUGUGGGGCUAUAGUGUUUUAUCUGGCAGCCAGGGCUCCUCCACAUGACAAGAUCUUUUUGCCCCAGGUCAGUGAGGACCAAUUGCUUUUUAAAAUUCUCCCAUAUAUACAGAACACCCUGUGUGCCUCUUGCACUGUAUCUGUAGUUCCCCCUUGUGUCCAAUAAUUGGGGUCAAAUAAGUAUUGUUUACUUUUUAAAAUACAUGGAAGAAGGUUCUCCUUUGCAAGGUUCUCAGUGCUGCUUUCUUCUUGCCAUUGACCAGCAACUGAUGACUCAUGGACUGGCUCCAGUCUGUGGACUACCACUUUGAGUAGCGAUGUUGUGCGUCCUGUCCUGGCUCUUUGUUGUGAAGUAUGAGUUAUGUUCGAUUACAGAACAUUCAGCAUGUAUGGAAAGGUGUUGGAAAAGGUGUAUUACGGCAAUUGUCAUUACACUUAAGCAAAUCAUACCUGAGUGUUUGAUGUGCUAGAAUGAUGCGGUUAUUAAUUGCUACAUCGCAUUAAAGAAUGCUAUGUGAAUUAUAGGUAUAUGCUAGAAUGUUAAGUGUAAGAUAAUACAAGUGCUUUUAGAAAAAUUGAACCAGAGAAAGUGUUCUAGUUCUCUAGCAUGCCUACUUUAAAAAAUUGUAGUUUUAUCCCAAGCCAAAUCUCCCUGUCUCGAUAGAGUUCUGACUAGAACCACAUCACAGACAUAAAAGUUUUCAGUUACUGCAAAAUUGUAAUUGGGUUCACAGAAUCAUUGCAAUUAUCUAAUCCUGCCUGCUCUCCAGCCUUCACUGUAGGCAGCUUGAAAUUAUUAUUGACUCUCUUCUGCUGAAGCUGCAGUGGUAUGCAUCUGUAGAGAGUGAAUAUUAGAACUCAGGGUUAUAUCCAGUGAUGUUGCUUUUUCCACACAAGGACUUUCAUGUGUGCAGCGGACAUUCCCCUCCCUCUCCCCACCCGCUAAAUCUGUUUUGGGAUUUUGCCAAUCCAGUCCUUUCUAAAUAUUUAGAAUACAACCUCCAUAAACCCCAUCUAAUAUAGCCAAAAGUCAGAGAUGGUAGGAGUUGUCCAAACACUUGGAGGAUACCAAGCUGGAGUUGACUGGAUUAGUAGAUGAUACCUGUGGUAACUUGCUAGUCCCUGAGCUCAGUAUCAAGCCAUAAAAUAAGACAAUACACAUUGUGCUAUAUGAUGACCACUGAACAUGUUAUUUGCAUAAUUAUUUCCCUAAACAAGCUGCUUUUCAUAAAGCAAUCAUAAGUUCAUUUUCAAUACAUGUUUCCUUUAAAGUUAAAAUUGAAUUAUAAAGCACAUUAUUUUAAGCUUUUUCCUGUUUGUGUCUUGCUGCAGAUAAAAUAAUGGGUUUGUUCUUUCAUUGCCAUGUGUUGAGUAUGUUGGCAUCCUGUGCAUUAAUAAUUUGGGCUCAUUCUCUAUGUACCGUUGAUGAGGCGGGUGGGUGCAAGAAUGCAGUGAGAAUGUUGGUAUUGCUGUUAUUUCUUGUUUGUACUGCUGUUACUUUGCUUUUUUCUCUUCUGUUGUGAGUUCAUAGGAUUCCAGCCAAGUUAUGCUGAUGUAAUCCUACUGUAACUGGUAUCAAGGACCGUAGUAUAAUGGAACCAGGCUGCAUGAUAUGCCAACUCAGAGAUUCUGCGUGGUUUAUUGGCUGGUUCACAAAUGCAUAUUCCUCAUCUAAUUACUGCAGCAAGCAGUGGUGACUAUAUGUAUGAAUGAGCCAUCACAAAUCAAAGAGUAUGAAUAGAAGUUUCAUAUUAUCUCACAUCAUUGCUCCACAGUUUUUUUCAAUGCUGUAUUUUAUACAUUCAUAUGCAAGUCAUCAGGCAUUGAAUAUGUAACAUAUGAAAAAUGUUAAUUGAAAAAUAACAUGGCACUAACAUUAUCAUUGCUGCUUUCUGAGUAGAACCACACUGAGAGUGUGUGUUAAGCAGUAUUUUAUUUUCAAUUACACAGUAAUAUAGCUAGAAGUAUUUAGGAAAUAAAGUUAAGAUUUAUUAAAGCAUUUGUUUACCAUAUUUGUAUUUUGAGAAAAUGGUUGGCUACAAUUCUUAAUUAUCUUAUUUACUUUAGUAAUUGUAAUAAUUUCUAUUUAGAUCUGCUUUGGAUAUUUCAUACUAGCUACAAUAAACUGACCUCAAGUUUGAAUAGUACUGGCAGUCUGGAACUAACAACUGUGAUUCCACUUUAGGUAAUCUCCUUUUGUUUGUUACCUCACUUGUCACAGCUUGGUUUUUUUGUUGAAAAUGGAAAUCCAUGACUUCUUAUUGUGAACCUUUUACUUUCUGAAAUUAAAAAAGGAAUGUUUGUGCAGAUUGAAGCAACAUUUCAGGAUUUGGAGGUACAAUCCAUCAGAUCAGAUACAAUAUUUCAUUUCUAAUCCCACAAUUAAGUAAAAGCCUCUUAGAAUUUGGUGCCAUUUAAAAAACUAGUGGUAAAAGCUAAGGAUGUCUGCAGAAGCUUAGUCUCCAAAAUUUACAUUUUAAUUGAAAGUUCUACAGGUGCUAAUUUGGGGCUCAAAAAUUGUGGGAGCAAACCUUAAAAGGAGAAAUGGAAGGUCACUGCUGGAAUGCAACUUGGCAGGGAACCCUUUUAGAUCAAUUUCAGUGUAUAUGACAGAAUACUCUAUAAAACUGUUGCUUGGAUGUAUGGUCCUAAACUUUGGUUAAACUGAUGUAUAUAAUGCACAGUCUGUUACUGGAGGCUUGUAAACAAAGGGAAAACCCCAAAGUGGAUUUCAUUACCGUUUCAUCCCCCCUUCAUAUUGUUGUAUUUUUCUAACAAAACAUUUAGUUUUUCACAAUUAUGUAAUAUUUUGUCAACAAUAAUAGUAAUGACAAGAGUAAAUAUGCUAUAGAAGAUAGGGUUUGGGGAAGAUGAGUUUACAACCAUGAGGACAAGACAACUUUUCUUGGCCUAUAUACAGAAUUGUUAACCAUGCACUGUGUAGUGGCUGUAGCAAGCCCAAUAUUAUCAUUUGCUUCAUCCAGUAGAUUGCAGAAAUGCUAGGCUUACUGCAUACAUAGGCCUUUCUAUGUGGUUGUAGUUAUCUAUGCAUUUGGUUCUCCAGAAGCUGUAGCAAUCUGAGGAUAAUGGCUAAGAUCCUAACUUACCUCCUUUGAACUGGGCAGAGUUCGUGGAGCAGGCCUUUCCUGCCUCCUCCUUUGUUCUGCAGCUCCCUGAAAAUCUACUUCUGGGUUUUCUGGGACCAUACAGAAUGGAUUGGGAUAUGGUGUGGAGGCUGUAGAAUGGAGAGGUGGUCGAAAUGCCCCCUCCCAAUUUGAAUGGAGGAGCCACUUUAGAUUCAAGCCAAUGUGAACAGAAAUACUUAUCUUGAUGAAAGUAUAUAUGAGUUUUCUAAAUUUGUUGUCAGUCACUGAUUUUCUUCCUAUCAGUGAAUACUUCUUCUUCCUGACAGUAUCUAAUCAAAUGAACUGGAACAUCACAAUUCUAAGUGUGCUAUGGUAUCCUUCUGGAGUGGCUGUCUGAGUUAGGGUUGGGUGGCACCGCUUUGCGGUGGUUCCGGUCCUGCUUGGAUGGAUGUUUCCAAAGGCUGAUGCUUCCAGAGUUCUUCAGCCCUGUGGAGCCCUCAGUGUGGGUUUCCUCAGGCUUUGAUUUUAUCCCCUAUGCUGUUUAACAUCUACAUGAAAUUGCUGACUGGGGUAAUCUGGAGUUUUGGAGUACGUUGUCAGCAAUAUGCUGAUGACACACAGCUCUACUUCUCCUUUACAUCUGCAGGUGUGGCAGUGGAUGUGCUGGACCCUUGUCUUGCCUCGGUAAUGGACUGGAUGAGAGCCAACAAACUGAAGCUCAAUCCAGAUAAGACUGAGGCACUGUUAGUGGGCGGUUCUCUAGACCAGAUGGAUGGGAGGUUGCCUGCUCUUGAUGGGGUUACACUCCCUCUGAAGGAGCAGGUACGUAGCUUGGGGGUACUUCUGGAUCUUUUGCUGUCGCUUGAGGCUCAGGUGUCCUCAGUGGCAUGGAGUGCCUUCCAUCAGCUUUGGCUGGUGGCCCAGCUGCACCUUUAUCUGGAUAGGGAUAGCCUAACUACUUUUGUCUAUGCUCUGGUAACCUCUACGUUAGAUUACUGCAACACAUUAUACAUAGGACUGCCCCUGAAGACAGUUCAGAAACAUCAGCUGGUGCAGAAUUCGGCAGCCAAGUUGCUCACCGGCGCAAGAUGAUUUGAAAAUAUUACAUUGAUUCUGUCCUGGCUGCCAAUUAGUUUCCGGGCCCAAUUCAAAGUACUGGUUUUGACCUGCAAAGCCUUAACAGCUCAAUACCUCAAGGACUGCCUCUCCCCAUAUAAACCAACCCAGACUCUGUGAUCAUCAUGUGAGGCCUUUUUUUGUGUGCCUCCUCCACAAGAGGUCUGGAGGGUGGCAAUAUGAGAAUGGGCCUUUUUUGCAUUGUCUCCCCAUUUGUGAAAUGCUCUCCACAGGGAGGUUUGCCCGGCACCUUCAUUAUACACCUUUAGGUGCCAGGUUAACCAGGCCUUUGGCUGAGUAUCAUCAUAUAUUCUUUUUAAUGUGUUUGUGGGAGGGGGUGGUUGCUGGUUUGUUUUGUUCUUGUUUUUAUCUUGUAUUUUUAUGCUGUAAAUCGCCCUGAGAUCUGUAGAUGAACGGCGGUAUACAAAUUUAAUAAAUAAAUAUAUUUGUGAAACCCUCAAACUGAUGACUCUAGAUACACUGAAAUGUUACCCAAUACUUGUAGAUUACUUCAAGUAUGCUGAUAUUUAUUUUUUCUUUCUUUCCCCAUCUUUCUUGUCUUUUCCCUGGCAGAUGCAUAAUGAGCACUCUGAUGCAAGAUAAAGUCAGUGAACAACUAUAAAAUGCCCAGAUUUGGGUCAGCAAAGGCAGUUCAGAUUCAAAAUUCUGACAGCGAUAGCACCAUGGUGGAGAAACCAACUGGAAGAAAGGUAUAAAAAGAAACUUGAUUAAGAAGAUUACAUUGCAGCUAGGCAAAUCCAUGAAAGCAAAGAACAUGUAUGAGUCAGAAGAGAUAGCAUUAUGUGCAACUAAACAAAGUUGUAGGAGGUACUUGCUAAAAUAACUCUGCCUGUGGUGUAAUGAGCUAAAACCCACCAUAAUCUCCUCUUUCACUGUGUGCCCUGAAACUUUUUCAUGCAUUCUUUCAUAGCUGAUGACAUUACUUACAUUUAAGGUGUUUUAAAGUUGAUAAAACACAAACUUGAAGUAUCCCUCUGAUUUUUAAAGAAACAUUCACAACAUUCAUUUUAAAGUAUUUGUGAGGUGUUAUGUUGUGAACCUUUGAAAUUUUCUUUUGAGUAGAAUUCAGUAUGUAUCAUAUUAAGAUUAAUAUGAAAAGACUGUUGCCUACCUAAUAGUAUUCCAAAAUUAAUUCCUUCUUUCAAUAGGGCUUAAAGUAGGCCUGUUAGCUGAUCUGAUCAUUUUAUCUGACUUAAUCCAACCUUUUCCAACCUGGUGACAUCCAGGUAUUGGAGAACUCCAGCUGUGCUCCAUUUCAUCUAGCAUGGUGAAUGGUCAGGUAUGAUGAGAGUUGUAGUCAGUCACUAUCUGGAGGGCACCAAGUUUGGAAAGCCUGGUUUAAUCAUUGCAUUUAAUCAAUAAAUUUUAUUUUAAGUUUAAAUAAAUAUGUAUAUUACCAAAAUACCAAUAUGAGAAGUGUUAAAAAAGCUGAAGGAAGUGCAGUAACUUAGAAUUUUAGAAUCUAUGGCUCAGCUAAUUAUAGUUGUCAUUAAGGUUGCUUCCACACUGGUGGGAAGAGGGAAUUGCUGGUGUUUUCUCUCUCAAUUUUUUAGAGUCCAUACAACUUCAUUACCAAAUUAAUGCAUUCUAUGUUGUCAUCCCAUGUUAUUUCAAACCUGAUUUCUGGUAAAUAUUUGAUAAUAAUUGGACGUUGUGAACAUGUGCCAUUUAGGUUUUUAGGGCUAUUGUGCAAUUACUUGAAAGCUUCCCGUUCACAAACUUAGCCUAUUUUGUUGCUUCCAGCUUAGAUUAGCAGUGGGGAUGGGGGUGGGGAACAGAUUAUUGUCUCGCAUCCGUUCCCUGUUCUCUCUCCAGGGAGAAUGAAAUUAAUUGCUUCCUUCAAUUAUUUGUUCCUCCUCUUAUUGCAAAGCACAUUCACAAUAAAAAAUAAUGGGAAUUCAAGCACAGCCCACCCAUAGUGCAGAGCUUUGUCUUGCCAGGAGUCAAUUUAUUGGUCCUUAAUUGGCACAGCACUGAGUCCAGGCUCUGGUCCUGGGCUUGCAAGGCCUCUCCCAAUUCAAAUGUUACAGAAAAACAGAGAUGGGUAUAAUCAGUGUCCUGAUGGCACCUCAUCCAAGUACCCCUAAUGACUGCUCCCAACAGAUUCAUAUAGAUGUUAAGUAAUGGUACCCUGCAGCACCAGGCAGCACAAAAUGCUGCUCUCUGAAACCAACCAAAAACAGUGCCCCCAGUUUCCAUCCCACAGAGCUAGUUCAGGAGGAUACAAUGAUCAAGGCCAUAUACUUAGGGAUUUUUCAUAUCCUUAAAAAUCAAAAAGAUGGCAGCGCCCAUUAUUGAAAAAUGUUUCUCUAGCAAGGGGAAAAAAUGUGUUUAUACUUUCUAGUAACAACUGCUGAGAAAAAUAUUUAUGCUUUAACACACCAAAGCUGUUGGAAACAUGUCAGGAGUGCUGUGAAUCUGUGUAGCUGUCUUUUUGUGUCUUUGACUUGUGUUUGAGUAAGCUGGUUUUGAUCCCUUUUUUGAGAAAACAGUGAUGCCACCUUGUACAUUCCACUCCUUUGAUAGAUAUUCUUGAGAAUAGGAUGGAAAUGACCUUGAGAGGUCAUCAAAUCAACUUGUAAAAAUAUAGAGCAGCACUAUAUUAACUGCAUAUUUGAGUUCUUUUAGCAGUGCCAACCCAGAAUGAUGGCAAUAUUAGUUACAUCAAGCUUCUUGGGGGAAUUUUUUAUUUGACACAGGCAACUUGUUGCCUUGCUAAGCCAAAAUGUGGGCAGUAACUAGCCAGGAUGGUAUAACGGCCCUUUAAUUUCCAGUUCACAAUCCUAACAGCUAGGGCACAAAAUGGUUCCUCCAGCAUCCAUGUACUUUUAAAGUUAGUUUUAUAUAUCCAGAGCUACUACAGUCCGUAUAUCCUUGGGACUCUGGUCUUUGAUUGUAGCAUCCUUUACAGCUAUAAUCUUAGCUGUCUUGUGGAAUGAGAUCAACAGCAGUCACAUAGCAUUGCCUAAUGAUGUUGCAACUCCUGCUGUGACCUCCAGGCCUAUGUCUCCAAUGAGCUGCAGAGAAAUAUUGAUAAUUAACAGUUUAAGUAUCAGCUUUGUAAUUUGCCUUUAACUGAAUGAAAUGGAUAGUUUCAUAAUUGGUGGUAUUCAAGAUAUUUAAAAGAAAAUAAAUUAUGAAUUAUUACAGUGGAUUGUUGUAUUGCUCUGAAAAUAUGGUGGAAAUUUAAGAUAGCAAGAUUGUGGCAAGUAAAAUAUAUUCCAUGUAUUGCUGCCUGGCUAUUAGUGACGAUUCAUGAAAAAGCAGUUUGUCUAACAGACAUAAUCAUAGCUACAUUGAGUGUAACUUAGUGUAAUCUGCUUGCCUACAUUUGUUCAGUAUUAUUAGAUGAGCAAACAACUUUAGUUUGAAAAAUAUAACUUAAAUUCUGAAUGAACAAGCCAUGGGAAAUGAUUGGUUUGUUUGCUCUUUUGAAAAUCCAUUAAAAAUAUUAACUGCUCUGUUUAAGAUGCUAAGUCGGAUUGAAAUUUAGAAUUGUACUUACUACAUAUAUUUUAUGUGAGCAUUUUAAAGGAUUUUGAUUUCAUUAAUUAAUAUUGUCUGCUUCAUAGCAGUAAUUUUCAUGACAUAAGAAAGCUAAGUUUUUUUAAAAAAAACUUACAGUAAAUGCUGUUUCACAUCUGCUCUGUUUUCUACCAACUAGUUCCUCAAUAUUCAGCAUAGUAAACAUUUUAAUAGAUGGGGGCUGGCCAACUUUUUUCAACAUGGAGAAAUCGGAUUAUCCCCUAGAGCUGGACUCCGUGGAUGGGGAAGAAAUUGGAUGUCAUUCACAUUUUAAUGCUAAUCUACCUAAUUUGCAUUUCUGGAAACAAUCUGUGAACCAAAACAAUAGCUAUGCUUUGAUAUUCACAUAGCUCCAAAUUUUAUGAUACAGUUCUUCAACCAAAAAAGGAGUACAGAAAUUGCAGAAAUUGCUUGUUUAUAUUAUGAGAACUGCAUACUAAAAUGUUGGAUUUUCACUUAAAAAAAUCAAACUGAUGUAGAAAUGUGGCAAACGGAACAUAAUAAUGGAAAAUAUGGGAAACCAAUGGCAACAGAUUUGACUAUCCCUAGUAGAUCCAGUCCAUCCAUAAUGAAUGUGCAUCCCCAGGGUAAUGAAGAUUAUAUUCUAUUACUAAAGGGAACACCUGCCAAAUUGGAAGCACUUCUGUGUCUGACAGGUGCUGCACAUGAAGUGACAUGUGAAGCCUGCCAGGUGGGCAGCAACACCUGGCAUGCUGUUAAUCAGAACUUAACUCCAGCAAAAAGUGAGGCUUGGGUGCCCCAGAGUUCUGUGAUAAUGCAGAGACUUCUCAAGCUGUCUCACUUUUCACAGGAGCUCCCUCAGUUGGAAGUGAUGCCACUAGCACUGUUAAGCACCAUGCCAGGUGCCAACUUUUUAGGUCAGUUAUUUCCACCCUAAAACAGAGUGCAGUGGGAAAUACAGAAAAAGAGGCAGGGGUGGAGUCAGAAAAUCUAGUGGCAGCCAGAUUACGUAACUUAAACCAUCCCUGAAAUAGAUUAUUGUGUCAAGUAUGUUUGUCUACUGUUUGCCCAAUCCACCCUUUAUUGAGAAAAGGACUGAGUCUGAGAAAAGAAUAAGAGCUAAGCAUUUAUCCAACCUGCUGUUGUAUUUUUUUCAGUGUAUAUUUAGAAAACUAAUGUUGUCUUCUUAGGUAGAUACACUUGUAAUUUAUAUUGUUAAGAAAGCAAACUUUAUACAGUCAACUGGCUACAAUUAUAGUUGUAGGAACUGAAUCACAAACGUCUAUCAAAUUGUACUUCUGAGUUCAGUGAAAUAUUUUUACACAUGUGUUGACUGCAUUAGCUGUUUUGUUCCUAGUGUUUUUCUGUGACAUAACAAGGCAUUUAGCUUUCAGCUUCACUAGUCUUUAUUCUGUCUCAAUUUUUCACAAUAACAGUUUUACUCUCCUUUUUAAACUUUAUUUUGUUUUUUGUUUAUACUUUUUAUUUAUUUUUAACAUGCUUUAUUUUCUUUAUUACUUAUGACAGAAAGCAUAAGAUGAUGCAAGAUUCUUUAGCAUUCCAUUACUAUUCUGUUCUGUAUUUGCUGUAGUAAAUCUGUAGUAAAGUCUAAUAAUCCUAGAUUGUUGUAAUCUGAGGAACAGAUUAGAGGUGUAAUUCUUCUAUUGGUUAUCUGGUUUUUCAUAGAAUGUGUUUAUUUUUAUUUUAAAUACGCUGUUAAUAGUUUCAUGUAAACAUUGUACUUGUAACUCUGUUUAUAUCAGAGCAAGGACAAGAUUGCCUCCUACACCAAAACUGCCAAAGUGGAUAGGAGUGAUGUGGGAAAGGAGAUGAAAGAAAAGUCUUCCAUGAAACGUAAACUUCAGUUUAAUGUUAGUCCAUCCAGAAAUGAAGAUCGAAAUUCAGACACAGGUAGUGCCAGUUUUAUUUUUUCCUCUUGAAAAAAAUUGCUAUAAUAAACCUUCACAAAAGAUUAAAAAGUAAUAGUAAAGUGCUUGCUUAUAUCCCACUUGUCAAUCAUUAAUAUAGCUGCACAGUUUUUCUUACCUUUUUCCCUAGUGCACCUAUUAAAUGAGCAGUCUGCCCGUUAAUAUAUGUUGAUGUUCCUGGAAAAACCAGGCCUGGCCUGAUUAUUCAAAUCUUACUGCUUUCAGCUUCCUUUACCAUAAUGUGUUCUACUUGGGAUGGUGCAUAAGACAGUUUAGAAGCUUCAGUUCAUUCAGAAUAGAUAAGAACAUAAAAUGAGUCCUGCUGAAUCAGACGAAAGGCCCAUCUAGUCCAGCAUUUUGUUCUCACAGUGGCCAAUCAGAUGUCUGUGAAAAUCGCACAAGCAGGGCCAGAGUGCAACAGCACUCUUCCCCAUUUGUGCUUCCCAGAAACAUACUCAAAGGAAUACUGUGGAAAUAGAAUGUAGCUAACAUGUCACAUAGCCAUUGAUAGCUUCUUUCUUCUAUUAAUUUAACUACAGUAAUCCUUUUUUUUAAGUCAUCCAACAUUGGUGGCCAUCACUGCAUCUUAUGGGAAUGAAUUCCAUAAUUUAAUCAUGCAUUGUGUGAAGAAGAGUGUUUUUUGUGUGUGUUGUGAAUCUUUUGACAUUCAGCCUCACUGGAUGGCCCCAGAUUCUAGUAUUAUGAGAGAGGGUGGAAAACGGUUUCCUAUCAACUUUCUCCACACCAUGCAUAAUAUUAUUCAUCUCUAUUAUGCCCCCCUUACUCCCCUUUUGGCUUGCCCUUUUGUAAACCUUUUGCACCUCUACAAUAUCCAUUUUGAUGUGAGGUGACCAGAACUGUCUCCUUAACCAUCUUAACCAAACCUGAAUCUAAACUAAAACUUCCCGAAGAAACUGAUAUCAGCUUGCUCUUGGAAUGAGAUCUGCAAAACGUUUGGGACUUCCCCGUUUUAGUUAUAGCAAUGUAUUUCACUAAUGAUUUUAGACAUUAAUACAGAUAACUUAAUGCUCUGUUAGCUGGUAUAAACUUUAUCAUAGAAUGGUAGAGUUGGAUGAGACCCCAAGGGUCAUCUAGUCCAACCCCCUACAAUGCAGGAAUCUCAGAUACAGCAUCCAUGACAGAUGGCCAUCCAACCUCUGCUUAAAAACCUCCAAUGGAGAGUCCACCAUAUUUUGAGGGAGUCCGUUCCACUGUCGAACGGCUCUUACUGUCAGAAAGUUCUUCCUAAUGUUUAAACCUGGUGUUUAUUAGAUUUGGUUCUUUUAUACUUUCAAAAGUAGUAAUUAAGUCUUAGGUUUGGCAUGAUUUGCUAUUUGUUAAAAACAUGCUUUUGAAGUGCCUUAUGAAUUGUUGGAAGCUUUGGAUUGUGUCCAGUGUAGGACCGCAUGAAUGCUCUGUCAAUGCAAGGAUUUCUGCAUGUGCAACAGAACUCCCACCCUUCCCCUGUGUGCCCUCUAAACCUGUUCUAAGGGUUUUCUCAAUAUCUGGAGCAGAUUUGGGAAGAGUGAGGGAGGAGAGAGGGGGAGGUCUCAUUACAGAAAUGGAAACCUUUGAACUGACAGGAUAAUGCCCUCUGUUUGCAUUGCAAUGCCAGCAGAGCUUUAUACCACAGCCAAUUAAAGUUUUCUACCUCAUAAGAUAUGCCCUGGAAUAUUUUGGAGAAGAGUUGCUCUUCCUCAGCAUGCUGCUUUCAAUCUAGAUUGAUUUCUUGAUAAAAUUUUUGGAAAACCCUCUCCUUGAUUACCUUAUCCACACCUUUUCCUCCCUAAACAUGCCCCAUAUAAAUGAAAAAAAGGAAGUGGUUAUUGUGAUAUUUGUAUGUGCCCAGCCACAAUGUGCAGAUGUAGAAAUACUUCCAGUUGCCAGAACUAUCUACAUUUGUUUUCAUCUGUUUUAUUAUUUAUACACUAGCGGCAGGGUAAUGCAGAAUCAAUUCACAAUGAGCUUUUAUUUUCUGAAUGAAACCAGUUUCUCAAGAAGCACUUUUCAGGGGCCAAAAAUAUGCAAUAGAUCUAGAUUCUGUAUGGACUACACAGGGAAAAAAAAUACUCAGUCUCCAUUGCUUUUAGAAUAAAAUGUUGUGCAUACACAGCCUGAGGUCUACCUCCUCUGAGACCUGGGACGGGCAAACUUUAAUAGUUCCAUCCAUCUCUGGAUUAUAUUCCACAAUAACAAAAAAUAUUCUGUUGAAACAUGCUGUAAAGCAUAUGCUCUGGAAUUCUUAAAAUGUUGUGAAUCUCAGACUCCUCUUACAUAGUUGUUUCAUUCUGAUGUUUGUCCAUCAUGUACUGAAGAACUUCUAUGGUGAAGUACAGUAUGUUCUCUACAAGUGUUCUGCAAUAUUUCCCUGUAAAAUCACAAUUUGUUACUGCUUUAGACUGUUUAGCAAUGGUGUGAAUUCUUAAUUUUCUAGGCAUUUAUUUAACAGCACUGUAAAGCUAGCAUAAGGAUUCUGUAGGAAUAACAAAAAAGUGGCAUACCCAUAUAUCUAUAUUGUAUGCCACACUUCCUUGCUCUCCUCCACCCCUUUUCUCCCAUGUCUUCUUCACUCUGUAGAUUCAGAUCCAGGACAUACAAAUGAAAACUGGGGGGAGAGAUUAAUAUCUACUUACAGGACAUAUUCAGGUAAAUGCAUUAUCAGGUAUACUUAAAAUAGCUGCACUUUUCCCUAUUCACAUAUUUACAGUAGUUUUCAUUAGUUGUUUUUUGUGCCUAUAAAUCUCCUUGCAAAUACUUUAUGUGUUAAUAUAGGCUUAGCUUGUGUUACUUUUCAGUGGAGAAUCUAAAAUGACCAUCAAACUUAAGCAUGUACAGGAAUAUUAUUUCCUGUUAAUAAAAUCCCUUCACAUCUGUGUUGGAAGAUGGCAGCUACCAUGUGGUAACCACAGUAACUUCUUUAGGAAGAAAAUGUUUUAUGCUGAAUAAUUAUUAUAUUAAAAGACAAAUGGAAAAAGUAAUGCACAACAAGUAAAUGUGUGUGUGUGUGUGUGUGUGUGUGUGAAUGUGCGUGUGUGAAUGUGAAUGAAUGAUAUCCAGCCAAGUCAUAUCCAGAGUAGACCCUUAAGUAAAUGGAUUUUAUUAUGCCUACUCUAAGUAUGACUUAGUUGAUUGUCACCCUAAGAUAAUUUUCAAAAUAUUUGCAAUUAUUGUAUUAGAUAUAUUUUUAGUUGUUAUAACAGAUGAUAUAGGUAUUUAGAAUCCAUUGUAAACUGAGAGUUAAAUCUGUGUGGCAAAUGUUUUUUCCUAUAAAACAAUCAACAAAUCAUGCCAAACAAGUAUGAACACUUCCUUUUUCUAAAAUUACAAAAUCAGUGCAUACAAGGCAUUCAGUAAUUUUAAACAUGGUAAAUCCAUUUUUUCUGCACAGUGAAUCUCAAAUUAAUACACUUUACGUAUAAAAGUAGAGGCUUAUAAAGGUAUGAUGUGGAUAUUCAUUUUGGUUUCUUAAUAAAGAAGGAUAAGUGAAGACAGUAGCUUGGGUGGUACUUGAAUGGGGUAGCCCUGCUCACCUGACCUCCAUCCAGCUGCUGCUAUUGUUGCUGUAUACUGGCAGCGGAAGAUGCAAAGCGGAAGGAAGUUCAGCGUGCUGGCAGAGGCAAUCCAACAUUUCUGCAGGCAUGUUUGCACCUCACCUUUGACUAGUCCCUUCACUCCAUCCCAGUAAACAGCGAUGCAGCUGGCGGAGGUCAGGUAAGCAACACAGCCCCAAUGUGCCAUCUGCUACUGAGUAAAAAAACAAAAUGAGAGGUUGAGAAAAUUAAUGCUAAGAUAGUUAACAAUUUUAAUUAACUUGCAGUAUAAACUCUUUAGAAAAAAUACAAUUACCUGUAUAGUCUGAGACAUAUUCUAGCCCAUUUCCUAUUACAUUAUACAGGGUUUCAGCAAUAGCUUUUAUUACAUGUGUGACCUAUAGCUGCAGCUGUUACUGUAGACACAUCAAUUUGAAAAAAACACACACUGACCUCUGAGUGAAAAUGUUUAGAAAGGAGAAUGCUGUGGUCAGAGCCUAAAUUUCUCAAAUAUAUGGGGCAUUAAAAAAUUUUAAACUUUUUUUAGUGUUUCUUUAAAUAUAAUCAAAUACUUUGUCUGAAAUAUGUAGACAUUUUGAAAUGGGAGAGUAUGUUAAUAUGCAGCAUUUAUACUUCUGUCAUUCUAACAAAUCUUACUUCAGAAGUAAAAAUAAAGUAGGGGUUCCAUUUUUUGAUCAUUGAAUUCUAAAUUCUAUUCAUAUAUCAAGACACCCCCACAGUAAGAGUACAGGGAUGUCUGCUAGUAUGAGAUUUUUUUAUCUGAAUAUCCUAUGGCCCAAUCCACGUGUCUUUGCUAGUACUCAGAGGAAACAAACCCAUGAUCCCUUUCUUAAACCCCAUUCGUUAAUCCAGUAAGAAAACUUUGCUACAGAUUAUAGUUUGGAAGUGAAACAAACCAUGGUCCCUGGUUCACAUAUGACACCAAGCCAAGGACUGUGGUUUGUUUUCCCUAUGUGUUAGCAGAGAGAAGAUAUGGUUUACUGUGGUUGUGAAUUGAGGUUAUUGUAAGUAUAUGCUUAUUCAGUAUUAGGAACAUAAAGGUGAGUUUUAGACUGCAUGUGUUUUCUAAAGUAUUCUGUUUGAUUUUAGGUUUAUAUCACUUCCUUUAAGGAGCUUAGGGUUAAACUAUAUGUAACAAUGGCUGACUCGACACAAGUAAUGUAAAAUACUUAUAAAGUGCUAUUUUAUUGCAUGGGGAAUGGAGGAGAUAGCCCCUUACUGCUGUCUUUUCUGAAAACAAUUCUCCCCAGCUGUUUCUUUCCUGAUCAAGUUACUUCUAGUUUUGUUUUUGUUUUUUUAUAUAAGAUAUUUAUUGAAGUUUUCAAGAUAUUACAAAACACACACAAAAAAAGAAAAUACAAAGUAAAAAUAUUUAAAAACAAUUCCAUCCUUCCAUUACUUAACCUUCAUUUGCUUAGUUCCAGGACCUCCUCACACCUCCCUUUUUUGUAUUCCAGUUCAAUUAUUUCGUUCAGCAAAUCCCUCCCCUCUUUAUGUAUCCUAAUCAUUAAUCAUAAAGUAUUGUAAUUUUAGAUUUUUACAUAUUAAUAAUCCAUUUUUCAUAUUCCUUGUAACCUUUCAGCUAAAGUUCACUUAGUUUCUAUCCAACAUCAUUCUAGCAUUCAUUAAUUUUACAAUAUUUCUGUAGAUAGUCUUUAAACUUUUUCCAAUCUUCCUCCAUCGACUCUUCUCCCUGGUCUCAAGUUACUUCUAGUUUUGGAGGCUUACCUGAAGAAAAAGCUAGGGGGGAACGAUUUUAAGAAAGAAGCACAUACUUGAAAGCAGUUCUGCAAUUUCCAUGCACCAUGUGCACUUUAGAUUGCCUUAUCCCAACUAUGGUUGCCUUAAGAUAAGAUUGCCUUACCUGUGGACAAACGCCGCCUGAAAGCAAGAUGGGCGCGGCAUCCCCAUAGUCUCCUUUAAACUGGACUUUACUAUUCAAGGGAUCUUCCCCCUUUUAUUUUACCUAUCCCAACUUGUAUGAGUUGAGUGUUGACUUAAGUCUGAUAUAGAGGUCAUGCCAAAAUCAUAUCUAGUUUGUUUGUUAGAGUGGCCUCACAACAGUUCUGUGAAGUAUUGGCUCAGUUCUCAUGUAACACUAAGCCAAACACAGUGUGUAGAUACUCAUAGUAAAAGUCAUGGCUCCCUCCUCUCCCAGUCCUACUGCUGACAUGCUAACUGAAGCUAAACAAAGGCUUGGCUUAGUAUCAUGUCCAAACUUAGUGUUGUGGUUUAUCCUACUCUAGACAAAUCACAAAUUGUAGCCAAGAUUUGUUCAAUGUGUGCUGUUAGCUGUGAUAUUUUUUUCCCUACCGUGAGUACCUAUACACCUACAUGAUCACAUUUAGCCAGUUUGGCUUAGCAUUAACAUGCAUAUUGGGUCAUUGGCUUGUCCAGUGCCACACAGAGAACUUAAUUGCUCAACCCAACUCCUCCACAAAGCCAAGCUUAGCCACUACCUCACACUGACUCAACUUAGGUAACCUAAAUAUUUUCAAGAGAAGAUUUGCUAAUAUAUUCUUUCCAUUUGCAGAGGAAAGCAAUUUAGUAACUUCAGAGGGAGUGUGUAAAAUGAUAUACUUCUCCAGUCUGUAUAUCUGUGCUUUCUCUUGAAUGUGCUAUAAUUGGCAGUAUUUUGUUCUUACUGAGAUCUACUGAUAUUUCCAGAGAAAGAAGUCCCAGAGAAGAAGAAAAUGAAAAAGGAAACUGGAAAUAAGAAAGCAGCACCUGUUAGUAUUCUGUUUGGUUACCCACUAUCAGAACGCAAGCAGAUGGCCCUUCUUAUGCAGAUGACUGCCAGAGACAACAGUCCAGGUACUACCAAGCAAUCACUUCCUCUGUGUGUAUAGAUACAGAUGCAGGGGCCCUGUAUCAGGACCAUGGGGAAAGGGGGUCUAACAUUUUCCUCCUCUGCCACAGGCUCUGUGAAAACUCCACCCCCAAGUUGCCAUUGGCCCCAGGGGGGAAACCAAUAAGAGCUUUUCUCCCAGGACUUAAUAGCAGCUUGGUGUGGGAGGAGGAGUUUAUUGGCUCAGUGGCAUAGGGGAAAGUAGACAUACAUUACAUAAUUCCCUGGAUACGGUAUACAUGUAUAGCCCAAUUGACAUGGCUUCAGGUCCUGUUACGGCUGCAAGAUAAUAAGGAGAUGGUGGGAACGACCCUUUUGUGAUGCAAGUGUUGUAUCAAACACCAAAACCUCCAGGUUUCAUGAAGCUAUUGCAACAUAUCAUGGUCUAGGGAACCACCUAGUCCAGAGUUUUUGUUAACUGGGAAAUUAAUCAGUUUGCUAGCUGUCUUUUGGAGCUGAUGCUGGGAUCCAGUUAGUCCUUUCUUCAAUGGAUUUUCCCUCACCAUUUGAACAGAUUAUUAACAGAUGAAAUGACACACACAGCCUGCCACCCACAAGAAAAAAAAAUGAGAUUGUAAGAGGACUUCAGUCAAGCAAAUUUUAUUCACUAUGGCAGAAAUUUUUAAAGUAUUUUUUGUCUUGAAUUUUAAUUUGUAGAUCCCAGUCUAAAUCAUCCUCUGCAGACAACACCAACACAAAAGAAAACACCAAGCUCUUCAUCACGACAAAAAGACAAAGUUAACAAAAGAAAUGAACGAGGGGAAACCCCCUUACAUACUGCAGCCAUUAGAGGCGACAUUAAACAAGUUAAAGAGUUAAUCAGUCAAGGUGCAAAUGUGAAUGUAAAAGAUUUUGCAGGUAAGUUUGACGAGUAAUCAGUUUAUAUAAGACUCUCUGGUCUCUCUUACAAUUAGGAUAUAUGAAAUAAUGACUCUUGAAUAACUUGCUGUUUGUUAUUGGUCUAUAGAACAAACAGCCUGUACUGAGGAGUUGAAGGUUUUGGCAUUACUGUUUUAUGUUCAGUGACAGGCACAUGCUUCUUUACAUGGUAAUCGGUGUGGCAUGCAAAUUUUAAUAUUCCCUUUGAAGAGCAGCAUGUAUAAUUUCAAAGUGUGAAAUGUUUACUCUAGUGUGAGAUUUGAGGAUUUUUUUCUAUAGCUUCUGGACACCUUCUUUACAAAUUUGCUUGUGAGUUUUCCUGAUUCAUGAUGGUAAACUAUAUUAUUUUUUUAGUGUGCCGGUACUUCAGAAGAUAGGUUUGUCAAUGUCAGUUUGCCACAAUAGCUAAAAAUGGCACUUCUACUUUCAAAGGAAGUGGCUAAGUUAACAUGUAAUAAGACAGACUUUCUGGCUUAUUAUGGUUUACUGUAAAUGAGCAGUGUGUUAGCAGACAAUUCCUGAUCGCUCAGCUUUGCUUUUACCCUGGUGCAAGCAGGAUAACUGAACCUGGAAUCCUUGGCUUCCCCUUAUGUCCAAACAAGGAAUUGUGGUUUGUUGCACCUUCACAAAAAAGAUCAGCAAACGAAUAACAAGGCACAACUGAAGAUUGGCUUCUUAGAAGGUGACAAAGCCAAAUCCCUGAUUGGGAUUUCAAGGGAAACCAAGACUUACCUAGUUUACUCUGCUCACUUGAGGAGAAGAAAAAAGCCAGUGACUGGAGCUAGUACAUGUCAACUCUACUAUUUCACAAAACUGAAAACAUUGCUGUUUGAAUUUUAAUUAACCUAACAAACCACAUAGCAAAACACUACAUUUUAAAUGGUUGUACCUGCAGGAAUAAAAGAAUGAUUUCCUAUUAAAAUUUUAAAAGUGUGUAUCAGUCUUUGCAAAACAAAUCAAACUGCAUUAUCUUUGAAUUAUACACACAUACAUCCUUCAUAUUUGGACUUCUUUUGUAAUAGGUUGGACACCUCUCCAUGAAGCUUGCAAUGCUGGCUAUUAUGAUGUUGCUAAGGUCUUAAUAGCAGCAGGGGCAGAUGUGAAUACUCAAGGACUAGAUGAUGAUACUCCACUUCAUGAUUCUGCAAGUAGCGGACAUAGAAAAGUAUGUACCAUUCAUGCAGUAAAUAAGCAAUCCCCAUAUAGAUACAGUGGUCCAAACUAACUAAACAAAAUCUACAGAGGAUUUCUAGACACUAACAUGGGGGACUUCCAGCACACUAGUGGAACUGCCACUGCAUCCUAUACUGGUUCAGCCUAGGAGCAAAAGGAAAAAGGGAGACCUCAAAACAUUCAAAAACAGCAGGGAAAACACGUAGUGCCCCAGUGACCUAGAAAGACCCUCAAACAAGUUAUGCUGGCAACAACACCAGUAUGCCAGAAAUGUGCUGAGGGAGCCAGUGAACUCACAAUAAUGUGGGCACGCCCUAAUCACAUAUCUUUGCAUCACAGCACAAUGCGUACAGCACCAGACAGAAAUCAGACACAUCAUGGUGCAUUUGUCUCUUCGCUGCCCCCAAAUUUAGCACCAGUUUAUAGAUUCCAGUAGCACCAGUGCUACAGGGGGAGUCCUAACUGGCUGAAAUGGGUUAUGUUCAAGGGAAGGAGAGUAGAGCAUCUGUUUUGCAUGCAGUAUGUCCCAGGUUCAGUGUCCAGCGUCUCCAGAUGGAACUGGGAAUGCUCCCUGUCUGAAGCCUUUGAUAGUCACUGCCAGGCUAGUGUAGAUAAUACUCAUCCUGACCAUAAGAAAGGUAGGGAACACCCAAUCCAAUUGGGAAGAGUGCUGCAUGGACCCAGAGCCUGGCUCCUGCAUGGGUGAGCCAACCAGCUCACCACACCCCCUGCAACUCAUAUGAUCAAUCUACCCUCUUCCUCAUUUAGCAUCCCAGCAGCCCUCAUUACCCCGCUCUCCAUUUCUCCAACUGAGUGCUUCAUUCAUCCUGGUGUCAGCAGUUAUCCCUGUGCCUGACAAACAAGGGAACCUGAGUGAGCAGAGAGAAAGGGGGCCUCUGCUUGACAGCAACUGCUUGACAACAUGGUAGCAGUUGAAGUGUUUCCUGUGGCAUUAACUUUUUGUUAGGAGCACCUGUAGCAUCACUGUCUAUCAUGAAGCUUGCCCAGGUGCAGAAGCCUGCCUGGAACUGGUAGAUUAUCAAUCCCUGUAGAGGAAUAGCAGGGAGCAUUCUUAGGUGGUGGGCCUCCUUCAUGGUUUCCAUAGAACAGAGUGUGGGGUGGAUCCUGUACCUGUAGAGGAGCAAGCAGCAGAAAAUUGGGGAGUGGGGACAUAGAGGCAGCGGGUAGCUGCUGGAAAGCAUAGACCCUGAACCUGGUUGCAUAAUAGGUGUUUGUAAGUGACAGAGAAGAGUAAAUGAUGCCACUUGAGUGUUCUGCUAGCGUAAAUGCCUCAGCAGGGGUGGGGGAGACUGCAUAUACUUGCCCUUUGUGGGAUUUCACUAGAACUCUGUUUGCAAGGGAUGUUACGCUUAUGAAUGUUUGGCCAGUAAUGGCAAUGUUUGGGGCAGAGUGCCUGGCCUUCAUCAACAGAGAGCUCAUCUGUAGUGUGGUGGUUAAGAGCAGUGGACUCAUAAUCUGGUGAACCAGGUUCGAUUCCUGCUCCUCCACAUGCAGCUGCUGGGUGACCUUGGGCUAGUCACACUUCUUUGAAGUCUCUCCGCCUCACUCACCUCACAGAGUGUUUGUUGUGGGGGAGGAAGGGAAAGGAGAUUAUUAGCUGCUUUGAGACUCAGGGUAGUGAUGAAGCAGGAUAUCAAAUCCAAACUCUUCUUCUUCAUCAUCAUCUGCAUGUGGGAGGGACGAGUGCUUUCUCUGUGUGUGGAAGACACUGCUUCCUGCUGUUGAGGAGGGAGGUGUAAGAGGUACUAAAGCAAAACAAUUCAGACAAGAAAUGCUAUUCACAUAUAACAAAGUGGGAGGAAGACAUGGGUGACAGUUAUAACAGUUACACUUCAUAGCAUGGCUGCCACCUUCUCUUGCAUUUCUGCAUGGGCUGCUUUGUCCUGGCGGACCCAGUUGUUGGAGUAGAGUAUUGGGUGUUUUGUAUCUGGAAUCGGAAGCACUUGUAAUGUGCAGUGUGCAUAGUUUGCAUAGUGGUAACACAUCUCUAAAGUUCAUAUUGGUGUUCUGGAGACAAGCAGUUUGGUAUGAUGUUCUCUCUUUCUUCCAGUAGUGGUGAUCUAUGGCAUAGUGGGUUAUGCUGCCCUCUUGUGCCCCAAACCAAGAAACACAGGCUGUUGACAGUUACUCUCCUCCUCCUCUUGACCAGCCAAUCUCCUGUCUAUGCUAUGAUGCUCUGCUUUCAUAUCUGGAGGCAGUAAUACUUCUGAAUACCAGUUGCUGGGAACCACAGAAGGGGAGAGUUCUCUUGUGCUCAGAUCCUGCAUGAGGGUUUCCCACAGGCAGCUGGCCAGCCACUGUGAGAACAGGAUGCUAGACUAGAUGGGCCAUUGGCCUAAUCCAGCAGGAUCUACUUACAUUUUAUAUAGAGAGACUUAAAGAAGACUUAUGUGUGAGCUCUGAGAUACUGCCCCAUAUCAUGCACUCUGUUUCAGUUGUAGCCACUCUCUGUGGGUGUUAUUGGCAGUGGUGUACAGUUAUUGGGUUCUGAAGUACAAUGUUCUGCCGUGGUGAGAUUGGCAGGGGCAGUCAUUGAUAAAAGGGUGGCUUAAACAACACACACAACUCCUCAGUGAGACAGCAAUUUUUUGCACCAGGUCUAGGGCUGGUAUAAAGUUCCAGUAUCAACAUGAACAUGGCAGCAGUCUGGAGGACUACAGAACAAUGUGUAAAUAUGCCCAAGUUAUUUAGCCUGCCAUUUUUUACCAGCCUGUGAUGACAGUUGUAGUCUGCAUUUCCAUGCUGGUCACAAGAGAUGGGGAAAUUCCCAUCUCUAUGGCCAUCAUGAAAAUUCAGGAUACCAGCUUCUCAGCAGGCCAGUUUUUAUUUUUUAAGUAUCUAACAAAGAAGAGAUAUUGCUGAGGGAUGGGUUUCCCUGCACUGAAAAGCAGAAACAAAGCAGACUGGCAGAGGAAGAAUGUUGAAAUCCAUCCCUUCUCCACCAGCCCAUUAACUUUUCUCCAUAGAAUUCCUGGUGACCUAUGGCUACCAAGCAGAUAGUUAGGUACAGGGAUGGUAAGGAACAUGGUGUAAAUGUCCUCUACCCUUGAUCCACCUCUGUCCUGUUCAUGACUCCAUCCUCUUCUGGCCAUUCCAUCAGCAUAUCUUUGUUGGCAGAGCUGUUCAUUCAGCAUAUUUGGGUAUUCUGCCAGCAGCACUGGCAUGCCAGUGUCAUAUCUUGAUUUCUGCCAAAUACUAUAGCCUCUCAGUCAACAGAACUUAAGGAAAAGAUUGCUUUGUAAAAUAUGUUACAAGAGUUUAAUCUCCUGUGUUGCUUAAUUUUUUUUAUCUUUGGCACCAAUCCACAGAUUUAGAGCAGUCAAAAUAAAUCAGUGUACUGUUCUGGAGUGUGUUAUGUGUGGAUUUCAGCACUGCUGUCCUACCCUGAUUUACUUACUGGUAUAUAAUGUCAUCCAUGUAUAUAGCAUUUUACAGAGUGAGAUGCUUUAAAAAAACAGGUGUCUGUUUACAAUCUAAUCACCUCCCAAGGCCUGUUUUUAAUGCUAAUUAAUGUCUAAUAAACUUAAAUACCUAAUGUUUCAGAUUGUGAAAUUGCUGCUCCGACAUGGCGGAAAUCCAUUUCAGGCUAAUAAACAAGGAGAAAGGCCUGUUGAUGUAGCAGAUACAGAAGAACUAGGGCGGUUACUGAAAAGAGAAGUUCCUAUUUCUGAUGAUGACGAUGGUUGUUCAGGUCAGAAAAAACCCUUUUAAUUGUACUUUUAUAGUUAUACAUAAGUGUGUAUAGAUAAUACACAGACUUUCAUAUUGGUGUGCAUAUACAGAAAACAGGAUCCUUGCAGAUAAGUACAGUUAUACCUCUCAGUGACCUCCCACUGAGUUUUACGGGACAAAGUAAUUUGCAGAGACAUGGUUCUGUGAAAUUAUCUCCUACAACUUUGUCCUCAGCUUAGUUUUGAUGAAUCAUUUUGCUGAUUGAUCCUCACAUUGGACUAAAUGGGGCUUACAUCUGAUUAGAUAUGCACAGGAUUACACUGUUCAUCUCUUAUGGGCCCCCCAUAACAAUAGCUGGGUGUGUUUUCGAAUAAAGCAUAUUUAUUCCUUCCCUGCACACUUCCAAUUAACAUUUGGAUGUCCUUCACAUGGGCCAGGUAGACACAAACUAAAAACUUGCCAAGCCCUUUGGGAUUUAACCAGCAAGUUUUUUGUAGUUUUCCAGGUUUUAAAAAUAGAGUUUCAUAGAAGACUAAUUUUAUAUAUAUAUAUAUAUAUAUAUAUAUAUAUAUAUAUAUAUAUUUAACAAGCCUAAUUAUAUAUAUAUUUUUAAUAAGCAUGUUUCAAUCGCUGCUCUUUGGAAAAGUUAUUUUACAUAUCAAAUAAAGUGAGCUAUUGUAGAGGUGAUCUGUCCACUCUGUAAAAGUGUGUGAUUUACUACAUAUAUAUAUAUCAACUGCUAUCUACACAGCUUGACAAGAAACCCCAAAAGACAACAGCAACACCUAAACACCCACCCCAAAGCCUUUACUUGUAAUGAACUUUUUUGCACUUCUUCACACAGUAUGUAGUUAAACUGUGGGAUCCAGUGCCAGAAAACAUUUAAAAGAUGGUUAAAAAGAGAUAAAACACAUGUAACAUACACGUCGUUUUAAAAGUAAUAUUCACUGUCAUGAAUAGUAAAUAAAUGAAUAUAUUUGUUGACUCUUUUCAUUUUCUUUUCUAGAUCUUGAAGAGACACCGUCUGUAAAUCCUUCCAGUAUAGAUGGGACUAUGGAUUCUGAGACAGAGAAAGAAUCUCUAGACAGCAAGCACAUUCCCAAUAAGGCAUCAUUUUCAUCUGCUCUUGAUGAAUAUGAGUUUAAAGAUGAUGAUGAAGAUGAAGUUAAGAAAAUGAUUGAUGACAGACAUAUACCUAGGAAAGAUCUGAGAAAAGAGGAUGAAUCUGAAAUAGAACAGAGUAACCUAUUUCUUAAACAGGAAAAGGUAACAUUUCCAAAAUCAUUUAAAAAUAAGAAACAGAAGCCUUCCAGGGUCUUAUAUUCAAGUUCUGAAAGUUCAGAUGAAGACUUACUUCAGGACAAAAAGAUAAUCUCUUCUCCGUGUUCUGUCACAGAAACUUCAAAUUCUGAUGCAAAGAUUAAAAAAGAAUAUGCUUUUAGUGAAUAUAAACAGAAAGGAAAAGUUAAAAGAAAACUAAAAAAUCAAAGCAAAAAUAAAGAGAACCAACAAUUAAAACUUGAAAAAGAGAAUUCCAGAGUGCUAAACCUGGGUGCUUCUGUAUUAGAAUCUUUAGACAAAAGCAGAGAAGAAGAGAAUUUUCGAAAAUCUUUUAACUCAAAAGAGGAUUCUUCUUUGCCCUUACUCCAUAUUACUGCAGGCAGAUCCCCCAAGCACCCAUGUGGAUUAAUUGAAAAGCAGUCAACUCCACUUAAACAAGAAAAUGUUAAAACAUGUUUAUCUCCAGGAGGGUCUGACGUAACAUCACAAUCUGAAUUAGUGCAGUAUGAUCAUAAUACAGACUCUGAGUUUGUACUGGAAAGCUCCAGUGGCAAAUCCUACAAGCACAAAGACAAAAGUAAACAUCAGAAAGAAUUUAUUUCUGAAUUUGGUGAAAAAUCCAGUCCUAAACUUAAGGAGGAACAACACAAUAGCUCAUCCUUUGAAAUUUCUGAAUGUACCUUAAAAAAAGUAGAUAAGGAGGGGAAAGCACUUAAGAAGCAUAAACUGAAACAUAAAGAAAAGGAUAAGCACAAAAAGGAGCAGGAUGGAGAAAAGGAAAAGAACAAGCAUCGAGAGAGUUCUAAGGAGGCCCAAAGGAAUAUUGAGUUUGAUAGAGAGUUUUGGAAAGAGAACUUUUUUAAAAGUGAUGAAGCAGAGGAUAUAUCAAGUUUGGACCAUGAAUCUCAAACCUCUGAGAGAAAAUCUAAGCUGGAAAAAGUUCUGAUGAAAGAAGACAAAUAUGUGAAAGAGAAAAACUUUCAAAAAGAUAGAAAUUUUCGAGAGGAAAAGGAGAGAGAAAAAUAA